ACUAGGGCCAUGUACAACUGCAGAAGGAUCUCUUUGCUCCUAUACUCACUAGGGCCCUGUAUAACUGCAGGUUAGAUGCAGCUCUUGGAGCUAACAGAAUCAAGGGGAUAUGGGGAGAAGGUAGGAACGGGGUACUGAUUGGGGAUGAUCAGCCAUGAUCACAUUGAAUGGCGGAGCUGGCUGGAAGGGCCGAAUGGCCUACUCCUGCACCAGUUCUCUCUGUUGUUGUGUGUUUCUAUGUAUUGUCCCACCGUGCCUGUCUUGGUUUGCGUAGGCAGUUCCACAGGACCUGUCGAUGGAAGCAGCGGUGUGUGCCGGCUGCGGGGAGCCCAUCUACGACCGCUAUGUGGUGUUCGCGGUGGACAAGCCCUGGCAUGGACGCUGCCUCAAGUGCUGUGUGUGUCACCUCAUCCUGGGCUCCGAGCUCACCUGCUUCUCCAAGGAUCAAGACAUCUACUGCAAGGAAGAUUACUACAGGACGUUCUGCGUGAAGCAAUGCUCUCGCUGCCAGCUGGGCAUCUUGGCAUCGGAGAUGGUGAUGCGGGCCAAGGACGAGGUGUACCACCUCAGCUGCUUCACCUGCGCAGCGUGCGGGCGUGCGCUGGUCACGGGGGACCUCUUCGGCACCAGCCACGGCCUGGUCUACUGCCAGGAGCAUUUCCAGCCGCCCGGCCGUGAGGGGGAUGACUCACGGCUGAUGGACAGCCUGGCAGAGCUGGCCCUCAGGGGCAUGGAGGGGGUGGAGGUCACCCCUGGGGAUGCCGAGUGGCUGGGGACGGGCGGCGGACGCAAGCGCAGCUCCGGGGAUCUCCAGCCCGAGGGGGAUGACCUCUACCCAGUCUACAGCGAGGGGGACCAAGUGGGCGGAGAUCCUCGCUACUCUGGGCAGCGGAAGGCCAAGCGUAUCCGUACUUGCUUCAAGCAUCACCAGCUCCGUACCAUGGAAUCCUACUUUGCUGUUAAGCACAACCCUGAUGGCAAGGACUGGGAGGAGCUCUCCAAAAAGACCGGGCUACCCAAGCGGGUUCUGCAGGUUUGGUUCCAGAACGCCCGCGCCAAGUUACGCAAGACCCUGACCCAGGAGGAAACGACAGACAGUGACCCCCAGGAGGCUGCCCUCUCCCCCUCCCCCCUGCAGCACCCUAGGGUGCUGGGCCCACCCAGCCCCCUCUUCUCCACCUCCGCACCCUGCCCACUGCCCCUUCCCAGGCCCACCAUGUCCCCCAUCUUCCUCAACAUCAGUCCCAGCCGCUCCCCAGAGCCCCUCCACACCAUCGACCGCUCCACCCUCUGUUGA